CCGCUGAAAUAAACAUGAACUCAGGGAAAUGACUGUGUAUGCACGGAGCGACGGAGAUACGCGGGAGGGCGAGAGAUAUGGCUAAGAGCGUCGGCAGUGUGAGCCUGGAAGGAAGCGCGAAGGCAACGGUGGAGGAUCAGAUCUGCCAGGCAGUUCAGUCUACUUCCAAUCUCCUACACCUGAUGCAAGAAUCCUCCCCUUCACAGGCACUCCUAACGAAGCUUCCUAAGAAUCUCCUGGCCAAAGCACCUACUGUUAAGAAUACAGGACAGGUCUUGGGGCAGCUACCACGGGUCAUUUCUUCCUUGGAUGCUUACAUGGAAAACAGCUUACAAAAAGAAAAAUUUCUUGAGAUUCUCUUGGGAGUCGAAAAUGAGACCUAUGGCCUUUGACUACCAUACUGAAGGGUCAGAGCAUGUUGUAAUCUUGGGGACAAGUAUUUUGGUAUCACAGUUGAUACAAUGCCAUGUAAAUCCUGAAGGUGAUUUUUGGAAGAAGGCUAUGGAUGAAGAAAUGGUGUCUCUUUAGAAAAAUUCUACUUGGAGGUUAGUGAAGCUUAUUCUAGGAAAAAAAGUCAUUGGGUGCAAAUUGGUAUAUACAAAAAAGGAAGGAUCUCAUGGAGCUAAUGUGAGGUACAAGGCUAGGUUGGUGGAAAAAAGGCUUUGCACAACGAGAAGAGAUUGAUUAUGAUGAGUGUUAUACCCAGUGGUCAAGCAUCCCUCGAUCCGUGCUCUCCUAGCACUUGUAGCUCACUAUGGUUUAAUUUUGGAGUAGCUUGAUGUGAAGACUGCAUUAUUACACGGAGAAUUGUUGGAGGAGAUUUAUAUGUUACAACUGUCUGGAUAUGGAGCCUCAAAUGACUUGGUUUGUAGAUUGGACAAGUCUUUAUAUGGGUUAAACAAUCACCACGACAGUGGUACAAGAAGUUUGAUCAGUUCAUGAUGAAAGAGGAGUACACAAGGAGCCAAUAUGAUCAUUGUGCAUAUUUCGAAAAGUUGGCCAAUGGUGAGUUCAUCUACUUGCUUAUGUAUGUUGAUGAUAUGUUGAUUGUAUCUGUCAGCCAUACUGAGAUUGAUAGGAUGAAGAAGCAACUAUCAAAACAUUUUGAGAUGGAGUUGUGUGAAGUUUGCAAAAUCCUUGGCAUGGAGAUUUGUUACGCGUGAACCGGCCCAGGAGGGGCCGGCUGGACCCGGUUUAGCCCGGGUCUACACCAGGCGGAGGCGGAAGCUCCCAGAGGAGCGGGCGGACAUGGUGGACCCCAUUUGGGGAUGAUUUAAUUAGGUGGGAGGGAAAUUUUUGAAUGCAAAGGGCUGUUUAGGUAUUUUGUAUGAAUCCUUUAUGGUUAAUUAGGAGGAUGAGGAGGGAAAAGGGAUUAUCUUGAAUUUGAAUGUAAUUUGAGAUCUAGGGUUUUCUUGCUUGGGCUCUUGGCGUUGCCGGAGAAGAUCGGAGAGUUGUUCUUCCUCUCGAAUCGAAGAACAUUGUAUCUUGCUUUUUCUUUGAUCAUCUACUAGUGGAAUAUAAGUCCAUUAAACGUUUUUCUCUCAGUUUUCCUACGAUUUUCUACUGUUUUCAUACGUUUUGGGCUGAUUUCCUGUAGAAAACAGCAACCUUCUUGUUGUUUUCUCCACGUGGAGCGAUAGGAAUACUUGGAUCUAAGUAUUUCCUAUCAAGAUUCUAAGAGACGAGGCAACUAGAAAGAUUUGGCUUUCAUAAGAAGCUUAUGUUUGGAAGGUGUAAAAAAUUUGGGAUCAAUGACUUGAGCAAGGUAAUGAGUCUACCAAUUGCAUCUUACUUCUAGUUGAGUUUAGUUCAAUGUCCUAAGGAUGAUCAGGAGAGGAAAUAUAUGAGAUCGGUUCCUUAUGCUAGUGCAGUUGGCAGUCUGAUAUACAUUAUGGUUUGUACUGGGCCAGACAUAGCACAUGUAGUUGGUGAUGUGAGCAGGUUGAUGCAUGAUCCAUAAAGGAGCCAUUGGCAGGAUGUGAAGAGUAUCCUAAGGUAUCUAAAGGGUAAAGUUGAUGUAGGCUUGGUGUUCGAGAGGCAGUCAUCUGUUGCUGAUUUAUGUGUAGGUUACACUGAUUUAGAUUAUGCCGGUGGCAUUGAUAGACGUAGGUUUGUGACUGUGUAUGUAUUCACAUUGGCAGGAGGUCUAGUUAGUUGGAGAUAAGGACUUCAGUCUACUGUUGCUUUGCCUAUUAUUGAGGGUGGGUAUAUGGCAUCCAUAGAGGCAGUGAAGGAGUAAAUAUGGAUGUAAGGCCUUCUGGAUGAUUUGGGAGUUGACCAGAAGUCUCUGACGUUGUUCUGUGAUAGUCAGAGUGCUAUAUAUUUGGCCACAAAUCUAGUCUUUCAUGCUCGUACCAAGCACAUUGAUGUGAGACAUUACUUUGUUCGAGACUUGAUUGUUGAAGGCAAUGUCCAAUUGAAGAAGAUAAAUACUAAGGAGAAUCCAACAGAAAUGCUCACAAAGGUACAACCAGUUCAGAAGUUCAUCUAUUGCAAGAGUUUGGUGAACAUUAGAGUUCAUGACUGAUUGUUCAUAUUUGAAGAACUAUGCUCAACUUGAUCUCUUAGGAGGGGAGGAGAGGGGAGGUACGUAGGCAACUAUCUUGGUGCAAUCGUUCUGAUAUUGGAGCCUGAUUUGUCAUCUUUUACUUUCUGAAAUGAAAGAUGAGGUUGAGAUUGUUGGUUUGGAUUUACUUCCAAAUUUACUUUAAACUUUAUUUUAAAAAGCUUUAAAUGACUCCUUAUUGUAAUUAAUUAGGAAUCAGAUUUUUUCCUAAUUAUGAUGAUUUGAUUGGAGAUUUGAUUGAUGCAUUAUUUAGGAGAUCUAAUUAUUGUAUUAAUUAGAGAUUUGAUUAAGAUUAAAAUAGGAAGCUUUUUCCUAAUUUACUAUGGCUCAAAUAUAUAAAUAGGGUGUAAGGGCUAUUGUAUUGAUUGCAUGAGAGAAGAGAAAGUUUGAGAGUUAUUGUAAUUCCCUAUUGUUCUCCAAUAUAUUGUAAUCAUCUUCUCCUCCCCCUGGACAUAGGCAUCUUCGCCGAACCAUGUAAAUCGUCGUAUUCUUUGUAUUAUUUGUUGUGAAAUUUUGUUUCCGCUGUGAUUGUUUGCAUAACAGUGAAUGAUAUGAUUUAAAAAUA